AUGGCCGAGAUAAAGGUAGCGUCGACGUCAACGGAGGCUGUCUCACAUGCUGUCCUUCCUGUUGAAGUCGAGCCCUCUUCAGUGAACACUGAUACUAUGACUAAUGAAACCGAGGUAGUGCCAUCGGCACCAUGCAGCAGCGUAACACCAGCUGCUAGUACUUCGCAAAUGUGCACACAAGUCUCUUCUGAACGUGAUGAUAUGACAAGUAUGCUUCUGAAUACCCUGGUCACCACGAACAUUUCACAAGCAGCCGCUAACAGAAUAUUGGAGAUCUUCCGUGCGAAAUUGCCUCAACUACCAACAACUGUUAGAAGUGUACUGAGAAUGUGUGGGUCUUGCGAGUCUAGACUACUUGGAGAAGGAAUGUACUGCUACAUCAGUCUCAAAAAAUGA